GUGGCGCGAGCGGGGAAGCGUUAACCGCCCGCCGUCCCGCACCGGCGGCGGCUGUGUGAGGGUAGCAGAAUUGAACGUCUUACAAGACAGCGAUGGCUUUUUCUCUAGAAUUUGAAUAUGGAGGCCACAGGGACAGAUGAAGUAGAAAAGAUAAAAUCAAAGUUUAUGUCUGCAUGGCACAACAUGAAAUACAGUUGGGUGUUGAAAACAAAAACUUACUUCAGUAGAAACUCCCCGGUCUUUCUGCUGGGAAAAUGUUACCACUUCAAAACUGAUGGAUCUGGUGAACUCUCUACAGACGGGUCCAAUUUUGAUAAAAUCAACACGGAGAUUUCAGGAAAUGUUGAGGAGUUUCGUAAAGAUUUUAUUUCUAGAAUAUGGCUGACUUACAGAGAGGAAUUUCCUCAGAUAAAGGGGUCUGCAUUAACAACAGACUGUGGUUGGGGUUGCACGCUGAGAACUGGUCAAAUGCUGCUGGCUCAAGGUCUUAUGCUUCAUUUUCUUGGUAGAGCCUGGGUCUGGCCAGAUGCAUUGGACAUUGACAAUUCAGAUUCUGAAUCAUGGACAGCCCAUACAGUGAAAAAGCUGACAGCAUCAUUCGAAGCAUCACUUACAGCAGAAAGAGAACCCAAGAUCCUGUCAAAUCAUCAUCAGGGAACAUUAAAGAGAAACUGUGAUGACAAUGAAAUGAGAAAUGAAGUUUAUCAUAGAAAAAUAAUUUCUUGGUUUGGUGACUCUCCGCUGGCAGCUUUUGGCUUACAUCAGCUAAUAGAAUAUGGAAAGAAGUCUGGAAAAAUUGCUGGCGAUUGGUAUGGGCCUGCAGUUGUUGCACACAUUUUAAGAAAAGCUGUUGAAGAAGCAAGAGACCCUGAGCUACAAGGAGUAACAGUCUAUGUUGCUCAGGAUUGUACAGUCUACAGUUCAGAUGUUAUCGACAGACAGUGUUCUUUUAUGGAUUCUGGAAAAGCAGACACAAAAGCUGUAAUUAUAUUAGUUCCUGUGAGACUCGGUGGAGAGAGAACAAACAUGGACUACUUAGAGUUUGUAAAGGGAAUUUUAAGCCUUGAGUAUUGUGUUGGUAUUAUUGGUGGCAAACCCAAGCAGUCAUAUUACUUUGCUGGAUUUCAAGAUGACAGUUUGAUUUACAUGGAUCCUCAUUACUGCCAAUCUUUUGUAGAUGUCAGCAUAAAGGAUUUCCCUCUUGAGUCAUUCCACUGUCCUUCUCCCAAAAAGAUGUCUUUCAAAAAAAUGGAUCCGAGCUGCACAAUAGGAUUUUAUUGUAGAACUGUGCAGGACUUUGAGAAGGCUUCUGAAGAAAUAACAAAGAUGCUGAAAUCUUCAUCUAAGGAGAAAUAUCCCUUGUUUACUUUUGUAAAGGGUCAUUCUAGAGACUAUGACUUUGCUUCCACUCUACUCCGUGAAGAAAAUGACCUUUUCUCUGAGGAUGAAAAGAAAAGAUUAAAAAGAUUUAGUACAGAGGAGUUUGUCUUGCUUUAAGGACAUUUUACACAAGAUUAUUGGCAGCUGUCCAGGAGAACACUUGCCUUUUAAAAAAAUAAAAAAUGUAUGUGUCCUCCUCCCCCAAAAAGGCAAGCUUGUGCUGAAAUUGGUCUAUUUUCAUAAAGAUGAUAAUGUUUUAUAUGUUAAUAGUCUUUAAAAUGUCAUUUAUAAACAUACUUACUAAUUA